AUGGCGACAAUGCGGACGAGACAUAAAAUUCGGGCUCCCCGUCGGGGACUCGCGUCUGCCCAAACCGACGACUACGACGCGGUCUGGUCCGUCCUUUCGGCCUCUCUCACAGAAAUUCACACUAAAAAUGCCUCGACUCUCUCUUUUGAAGAGCUUUAUCGAAAUGCAUAUCGGAUCGUCUUGAUGCAGCGGGGUGAGGACUUGUAUACGCAUGUGAAGGAACAUGAGCAGGGCUGGCUGCGUGGUACGGUUCAAAAGAUCGUGACAGACUCUAUUUCAACAACACUGGUACGCGCUCAGACUCAGAAUGCCUCGGAGUUGCUGGAUCAGUCGAAUGAGCGGCGGGCUGCGGGGGAGAAGUUUUUGGCCGUGUUGAAAGCGGCAUGGGAAGAUCAUCAGCUCUGCAUGUCCAUGAUUACGGAUGUAAUGAUGUAUAUGGAUCGGAUCAUCGCUGUGGAUCACAACAAGCCAUCCAUCUACGUUGUCUCAAUGGCAUUAUUCCGAGACCAUGUCCUGAACACAAAAGUUCGCACUGAUAGUGAUUUGACUGUCAUGGAUGUACUGAAUUCGACAGUUCUUUUCAUGGUUCAGCUAGAGCGAGCAGGGCACAUGAUAGAACGACCGCUGGUCCGGCAUUGCACCCAGAUGCUGGAGGGACUUUAUGAAACAGUAAAAGAAGAGGAAACGUCCAAGCUUUACCUCACAAUCUUUGAACCUGCCUUCUUGGAAGCAAGUACAGAAUUCUAUAGGGCCGAGGGACGUCGGCUUCUGGAAAUUGGAGACGCAGCAGUUUUCUGCCGGGUUGUCACCCAGAGGAUUGAGGAGGAACAUGAACGGGCUAGUGCUACACUUUCCACGCUGACAGAAGCGAAGAUCCUUGCAUUGCUUGACAACGAGCUCAUUCUCAAGAACAUUGAUGAAGUCGUCCAGCUGGAGGGCACCGGUGUCCGAUAUAUGCUUGAUCACGAUCAAAUGGAAGCAUUGCACCGAAUUUACACGUUAAAUACGCGAGUGGAUAAGAAGAAGGAGGCACUAAGCAAGGUCGUUAAUAAACGUGUGGUGGAGCUCGGCAGCGAAAUCAACGCUGCGUCUAUUGUAUCCGCUGUUGGAGCCUCACCUCUACCCGAAAAGGAUGCAGAGAAAGCUAAGAAGGGCAAGGAGAAAGAACGACCAGGGAAUCAGCAAACAGUCUUGGCUAUCCAAUGGGUUGAUAGCAUCCUGGCUCUCAAGCGACAAUUCGACAACGUUUGGAUAACCGCAUUCAUGCGUGACCAAGGCCUUCAAAGCUCCAUCAUGGCCAGCUUCUCCGAUUUUAUCAAUAUGAACACACGGAGCUCUGAGUAUCUCUCGCUCUUUUUUGACGAGAAUCUCAAGAAGGGUAUCAAGGGGAAGACAGAAAAUGAGGUUGACGCCUUAUUGGACAAUGGCAUCACGAUGCUACGCUAUAUUAAAGACAAGGAUCUCUUCGAGACCUAUUACAAGAAGCAUCUCUCACGCCGUCUACUCAUGAAACGCUCUGCUAGCAUGGAUGCCGAGCGUCAGAUGAUUUCAAAGAUGAAGCUAGAAGUGGGCAAUCAGUUCACGCAACGCAUUGAGGCCAUGUUCAAGGAUAUGACCGUAUCCGAGGAUUUGACAGCGAGCUACAAGAAUCAUGUCGCCAAGAUUGCUGAUCCCGAUCAUAAGCCUGUAGAUCUGGAGAUCAAUGUGCUCACCAGCACAAUGUGGCCCAUGGAAAUCAUGGCCAACUCAAAAGAAGGGAUGCUACCAGCCACCUGCGUUUUCCCCCGAGAAAUUGAAGUUCUCAAGCAAAGCUUCGAGAGGUUCUAUCUCGACAAGCACAGCGGCCGCAGGCUCACCUGGCAGGCUUCCAUGGGCACAGCCGAUGUGCGAGCAUCUUUCCGUCGCAGCAACGGCAAGGUCCAGCGUUAUGAGCUUAAUGUGUCAACAUACGCAAUGGUAAUCUUGACAUUGUUCAACGAUGUCCCAGAUGGAGAGUCCCUCACUUUUGAAGAGAUUCAAGCGCGAACCAAGAUCCCGCAUAAUGACCUCGUCCGCAAUCUACAAUCCUUGGCCGUUGCGACCAAGACGCGUGUCCUGCUGAAAGCACCCAUGACCAAGGAUGUCCAAACCACAGACCGCUUCUGUUUCAAUAAUGACUUCCAAAGCCAGUUCGUCAAGGUUCGCAUUGGCGUUGUCAGCGGCGGAGCUAAUAAAGUUGAGAACACCGAUCAACGAAAGGAGACCGAGAAGAAAAUGGCUGAAGAGCGCUAUGGCACCAUCGAGUCCGCGAUUGUGCGCAUCAUGAAGCAACGGAAGACCCUUACCCAUACCCAGCUUGUAUCCGAGGUUCUCUCUCAGAUAUCUUCACGCUUUGUUCCAGAGGUCAGCAUGAUCAAGAAGCGCAUUGAAAGUCUCAUUGAUCGCGAGUAUCUGGAUCGUGUUUCUGAGGACCCGCCUACUUAUGACUACGUCGCGUAG